AUGGCGCGCGGCGAGCACCACCACAGCCACCACUGGCUGGACGCCAAGCAAGACCCGAUGGCGGCGGCGGCGCGCAGCUUCGACCACCGCGGCAUGCGCUUCCCGCUCGUGAGCGCCGGCAAGGCCGCGGACGAGGGGAGCCGCCUGCGCAAGCUCACGUCGCUCUCGUACCUGAGCGGCAAGCUGCGCGGCAUGUUCCACCGCGAGCACCGCGACACGAUCGUGUGCGAGGACGACGAGCUGAGCCCCGCCGCCGCCGGCGACAGCAGCAGCAGCAAGCGCAACAUCUACGACAUCAUCCGCCGCACGCACACGGGCACGGGCUUCGACCACCUGGCCAAGUUCAGCGACGCCGUGCCCAGCGCGCGCCCGGCCUUCUCGCAGAGCGUGUCGCUGCCUGCUGAGCCCCACGAGCCCAGCAAGGAGCAGCGCUGGUGCACCAACUGCUCCAAGUGCUUCCAGCGCGGCCUCAGCCGCUUCGACCAGUACUGCGGCCUCGACUGCAAGACGGCGCACCGGCUGCGCCAGUCCGCGUGA